AUCCCUCCCUUCCUCCCUUUCUAUCCCAGAACACUGUUCAGCUCUGGCUUUUGGUGGUGCCGGGGACUGAACCUGGGACUUUAGAGCUUGAGUCUCUGCAUAACUAUCGUUAUUUCCUCCCUCCCUCACUUCUUUCCUUCCUCCCUCCCUCCCUUAUUCCUUCUCUUUAUCUUUCCUCCUCUCCGUGAUAACAACACUCGAACAGAGAGGCUGGUGCGGGAGACGAGCGGGUCUUCCUGGCGGGCGCGGUGUGUGCGGUGGGCAUCCCGCUCCCGGAGGCGGCGUCGUCGCGGGGCAGCGCUCGGGCGGCGGCGGUUGCGGAGGCCGCGGGGCAGCAGCAUGAGGAGCGACCCCGGGCUGCGAGCGGCGCCGCGUCCUCCACGGGCCCUCCCACCUGUGCCAAGUGCUGUUCAAGAUGACAUUCCACUUAGUCGUCCUAAGAAAAAGAAGCCCAGAACAAAAAGCACACAAGCUAGUGCUUCUUCAGAAGGCCUUACUCAGACUGCUGUUCAUAGACCAUCAGAGAAUAGUGAGCCACUAACAAAAGAGGCCACCGAGCACCCAGAAGCUUCUGUACAAAGGAGACAGAAGAAGACAAGGCUACCUCUCGAAUUAGAGACUUCCUUAACUCACACAAAGACCUCUAGUCCAUCUCUACUGCCAAAUGAAAAUGGGAUCAAUACAGAACCAGAUGAGGAGGCAGUUAUUCAGAAGCCUCGAAGGAAGACAAAGAAAACCCGGCCAGCAGAAUUGCAGUAUGCCAAUGAACUAGGCAUAGAAGAUGAUGAUAUAAUUACUGAUGAACAAGCUAAUCCAGAACAACACUCUAUGUUCACUGCACCCACCGGCACUAGCCAGCCUGUAAGCAAAGUGUUCGUGGAAAAAAGCCGGCGAUUUCAGGCUGCCAAUCGUUCCCAGCUGAUAAAGACCACAGAAAAUAUAGAUGUGUCGAUGGACAUGAAACCUUCCUGGACAACCAGACACGUUGCCCUCUCAGUGCACCGGGCUUUCAGAAUGAUCGGCCUCUUUUCUCAUGGUCUCCUGGCUGGCUGUGCUGUGUGGAACAUUGUUGUGAUAUACGUUCUAGCAGGCGAUCAACUUUCUAACUUCUCAAACCUACUGCAACAAUACAAGACCUUAGCGUAUCCAUUCCAGAGCCUUCUUUACUUGCUUUUGGCUCUGAGUACCAUUUCAGCUUUUGAUAGGAUUGACUUUGCUAAAACUUCAGUUGCAAUGCAAAAUUUUUUUGCUCUGGAUCCAACAGCAUUGGCAUCUUUCCUGCACUUUACGGCGCUUAUACUCUCUCUGAGUCAGCAGAUGACGAGUGACAGGAUCUGCCUGUACACACCCCCUUCUGUUAACGGCAGCCUCUGGGCAGCUGGAGUUGAGAAACAGAUUCUCCAGCCGUGGAUUGUGGUGAAUCUGGUGGUGACCCUUCUGGUUGCAUUAUCUUGGCUUUUUUUGUCUUAUAGGCCCGGCAUGGAUCUUAGUGAAGAGUUAAUGUUCUCUUCUGAUGUGGCGGAAUAUCCUGAACAAGAUAAAGGAAUCAAAGUCUGCUCAUAAUGCCAACUCACCUGCAGAGUGACAAGGAUCCAGUAUUAGAAUCCGCCCCAUUCUUGUUUUUAAAUGCAUUUUUAUAAGCUAUGUACAUAGAUAUUUGGAAUUGAUUCUUUCAUUUUAUAAUACUGAAUUUUUUCUCAAGAUAAUGGAAAAUGUUAAAUUUACCUGCACUAAUGUCCAAACAUUAAUCUCUGUAGCGUUAUCUUCUUGAUGAUAAACAAGAUAAUGAGCUUGAUGCCGUCAGGUGAAAGUGUUUAUUUCCUGAAUUCUCAAACUGAUUUCAUUUAUAAUCAUUUAUUUAAAAAAAAAAAAGCACUCGUAGGGGUCGGGCAAGGUUAAGUGCAGGACCCACGUAAGGAUCCCGGAUCCAGCCCCCAGCUCCCCACCUGCAGGGGGGUGGCUUCACAAGCGGUGAAGCAGGUCUGCAGGUGUCUGUCUUUCUCUCCCCCUGUCUGUCUUCCCCUCCUCUCUCAACUUCUCUCUGUCCUAUCCAACAACAAAAACAAUAUUAACAGCAACACCAACAACAACAAUGAAAAAAAUGGCUGCCAGGAGCAGUGGAUUUGUGGUGCAGGUACCGAGCCCCAGCAAUAACCCUGGAAGGAAAAAGAAAA